CUCCCCCAACAACCCGACUGAAGAGAACAGACCCUCCCCGCCUUCCGCAUCUACUUUCCUGAAUACUAUUUCUGGGUCGCUCACUGAGAAAAUGUCUCCGAGAAAUGACCCGCUUUUUGGCAGUUAUACUUGGAACUCUCUUUCACCGUUGCUCCAGAUCCAAGAAGAGGCGGUGUACGCAGCACCUGUCCUUGAGCUCUCGGGACUGCUGCCCAGGAGGGCAGGUGUAGGAAAGCCCCUGGGCCAGCAGAGGGCAGCGCCAACCCGACCCAGAGGGACCCACGCUCCGUGACCUGCCGCAGCCGCCCGCAGCAGUGGCCUACAUCCCGCUGCCCCUUGCAGGCUAGCUGUCGGGCAGAGGACUAGCAGCUCCACCUCCUUCACCUUUACUAGCCUAUUUCCUACCUUUCCCUGCUGCACGGUGAGAAUGAUUGCCUGGAAAGGCCACCCUAGACCUGCAAGAGCCGAGGUUCAUGAGAGCCACGCACCAUUUAGACAUUCUCCCCAGAUACCUUCUCAGAAAGCUACCUAGUCUCUAAAAGACUUGUGACAGGGAUUUCGCAUUUUCCUCCAGUUUGUCGGUGGAGAUCUCCCAAAAUUUAGGGAGUUAAUCUGGUUGAGGCUGUCAGGAUCCAAAUUAGAUCCAUCUUCUGGCCUUCCUUAGGAUAGGAAAUAUGCCUCCCCUUUUCCCCAGUUCCAAUCCCUUCCAUCCUGCGUCUCCUUAAAGCCAAUCUCUGGUGGACACCCAUUGGAACAAGGCCGAGGAAGCAGGCUCAAGGUUCGCUACACAAUCGUGGGCCUGGGUUGUGCUUUUGGACUGCUAUCCUCCCAGCCCUUCACCCCAUUCCCGGGUCCCUGGAGUGCUGUCAGCUUUCCUCUAAAUCCCCAGGGCAAAUGCACUGUGAUCAGAAGGAGAGACUGUGUCUCUCUCACCCAGCAAUGUCUGUGGUCGAACUAGAUCUUAGGGCUCAAAAUUCAGACUGCUAGGGUGCCCAAUAAGAGCCCUCAAUCCCUGGAGCAAACAGUUCCUGGUUCCUCCAAAGCUAGGGCAAAGAAGUCAAGAGCCAGUAGCCGUGCAGGGGAGAUUUUGAAAUCACAACAACAUCCAAUUGGUGCAGUCUGGAAAAUUUAGAACUGGACUCCCUACUCCUUGUUCAGAGGGAAUCGAGUCAGUAGAACCUGAACUUCGCUCUCCAAUCAGUGCUUUAAGGUCGGCAUAGUCCACAGAUCCCAGGGCAGCAGCCUAUGUCCAGCACCAGCUACCAAGAGGACCUCUGCGACCUCCGAAUCCAAGCUGCUCAGGAGAAGAGAGGAAGAUUCGUCUUUCCAGGCGCAACUAGAGAAGCUCAGGGCAUUGUCCUUGGGACAAGUUGGGGCACCUGGGAACCCACAACGAGCUUCCGACCCUACCUGCCUCACUCCCCCUACACUCUGUACCUAACACCGCUUUGGGUCAUCUCCCUUUCCCCCUUUCCCUCUUUCCCGCAGGGCUCUAAGACUCAGCUGGAGUUCGAACUCGCCACCUACCUCCCCUGCCCUGGGUCCCCUCCUAGCGACUGGCCCCGACAUCGCGGCUUCUGCCUGGCACUGCCCCCUUCCCGAUAACCAGAGAAGCCACGCUCCCCGUUCCCUCGCAGUCUUCCAGCGCUGAGCUUUCUCCGAGUUACAUAUCUUUUUGCUUCCCCUUCUUAUUUAAAAAAAAAAAGAAGAAAGGGGGAAAAAGAAAGAGAAAAAACUUUGUCGAUCUUCUCCUCCCCCCGUCCAAAUUUUCCAAGAGGGUGGGGCUAGUACAGAGAAGGGAAGAGGCAUUUUUAAACACAGACACAGUAAAAACUUUUUAAAGAGUUUGAUGCCGUUUUUCCUGAACGUCCACGCUGGCUUGAGCCAGCAGCACCAGGGCUCGGGACCCUAGACGGUACUGUCUGCGUUCUUGAGGCCCAGCAAGCCCUUAGGGGGGCGCCCAGCGACGGCACUAUUUGACGUGGAGAAGACGGCUCAUCCUAGCGCAGGGAUACGAGACGCACCAAUGGAGUUCAAAUGUCAGGAAGUUUGAGGGAGGGGUGAGGCGGCUCCCGGCCGGGAGUAUCCCUCCGCCUCCAGCUCCAGCUCUAAACUGAGCGGCUCCUCGGGCGCACCAUGGCACAUUAAUAGUGUGCAGAGCGCGCCCGGGAGCCCAGCACCCCCGCUCCGUCCAGGACCCGAUUGUGGGUCCUGUCCGGCUCAGCCCGGCACAGCCUGGCAUCCACCACUUUCAGCCCUCGGGGGCCAGCUCUGUGGGGCCCCCUCGCCUGCCUCCUCCUUCUCCUCCUCUUUUCCUCCUCUGCUUUCUCGCCUCCUCCUCCUGCUGCUGCUGCCAUCGCCGCAGCCAGAGAGCCUUUGCUGACAAACAGGUGACAGAAGAGACGGGAGUGUGUGCAUGUGUGUGUGUGUGCAUGUGUAUCUGUGUGCGCGCGCGCGCGUGCGUGUGGGUGUGUGCGUGUGUGUACAUACACCGGACAGAUCCCGCGUCCCGGAACCACGGCCAGAACCCAGAGGAAUAAGCCGCUCUUCUCGUUUCUUCUCCGGGGUCCUGCGAAACGUUUUAAACGCUUAAAGAGGAAAGAAAAGAAAUUUAUCCCCAUCUUCCAGGGAAGUCUGGCACGAGCCCCACGGGGGUUCGCGUGUUGUGUCCUGGUCCGGAGGAAUAAAGAAGCAGACCACCAAGCCUCCGCGACCCUCGAGUCCACCGCUAGCUCCGCGUCGGCGCCCCAUGGAUAUAGCAACAGGUCCCGAGUCUCUGGAGAGGUGCUUCCCUCGUGGACAGACCGAUUGCACCAAGAUGCUAGACGGCAUCAAGAUGGAAGAGCACGCCCUGCGCCCCGGGCCCGCAACCUUGGGGGUGCUCCUGGGCUCGGACUGCCCGCAUCCCGCGGUCUGCGAGGGCUGCCAGCGGCCCAUCUCGGAUCGUUUCCUGAUGCGAGUGAACGAGUCGUCCUGGCACGAGGAGUGUUUGCAGUGCGCUGCGUGUCAGCAAGCUCUCACCACCAGCUGCUACUUCCGGGAUCGGAAACUCUACUGCAAACAGGACUACCAACAACUGUUUGCAGCCAAGUGCAGUGGCUGCAUGGAGAAGAUCGCACCCACGGAGUUCGUGAUGCGGGCCCUAGAAUGCGUGUACCAUCUCAGCUGCUUCUGCUGCUGCGUGUGUGAGCGGCAGCUCCGCAAAGGCGAUGAGUUCGUGCUCAAGGAGGGCCAACUGCUCUGCAAGAGUGACUACGAGAAGGAGAAAGACUUGCUCAGCUCUGUGAGCCCAGAUGAGUCAGACUCUGUGAAAAGUGAUGAGGAAGAUGGCGAUGUGAAGCCAGCCAAAGGCCAGGGCGGCCAGGGCAAAGGUAGUGAUGAUGGGAAGGACCCCAGGAGACCGAAGCGGCCCAGGACCAUCCUCACCACACAGCAGAGGAGAGCAUUCAAGGCUUCCUUUGAGGUUUCCUCCAAGCCCUGUCGAAAGGUCAGAGAGACCCUCGCUGCUGAAACAGGGCUCAGCGUCCGUGUGGUCCAGGUCUGGUUCCAGAACCAGAGAGCCAAGAUGAAGAAGCUGGCCAGGAGGCACCAGCAGCAGCAGGAGCAGCAGAACUCUCAGCGGCUGGGGCAAGAGGUCCUGUCGAACCGAAUGGAAGGAAUGAUGGCAUCAUACACACCACUGGCCCCACCCCAACAGCCCAUUGUCGCCAUGGAACAGAGUACCUACGGUAGCAGUGACCCUUUCCAGCAGGGUCUCACGCCUCCUCAAAUGCCAGGUGACCACAUGAACCCCUAUGGGAACGACUCCAUUUUCCACGACAUUGACAGUGAUACCUCGUUAACGAGUCUGAGCGACUGUUUCCUGGGCUCCUCCGACGUGGGCUCCCUCCAGGCACGAGUAGGGAACCCCAUCGACAGGCUCUACUCCAUGCAGAGUUCCUACUUCGCAUCCUGAGAGAGAAUGGAGCCCCAGGGCUGGCCAGCGGGUAGAGGAGGUGGGCAGGCCAGCCGAGCUGCCCAGACAGACUCAACAGCCAUAUGGUGCCCAGCCCUCUCAACUGGCCUGGCCCGUCCUGGCCUGGCCCCUCCCAGCCUCUGUGGCUCCUACAGCCCCUGGCCCAGCCCAUGUGGCUCCUGGGAUUUCCAGCCCAUCUUCUGUGGUUCCCACCUGGGCUGCCCCGAACAGGAGCACCGAGGAGCCUGGGUCCAGGGGCUUUUCUUGCCGAUAGAGAACUAUCACCCUAAAGGAACCCCCAGGCAGGGCACAUGGACAGACUGGCCUCCUGCCCCUCUGCCUCCCCUUCCAACGCUCUCCUCUGCCCUCGGACCCUUCCCAGGGGGCUUCCUCUUUCUCCUCCCAGUUGUCCUCGUCCUCCUGUUCCCGGUCUUUUUUUGGAAGCUUAAAUUUGAUAUAUUUUUUUAAACCCCCUCCCCUCAUGAACGACACCUGCUGUGGCCCAGCCUCCAGCAGAGGCCCUGCCCCCAAGAGAACCCCUUCCCCCGGCAGAGGCCCCUCACUGCAUGCCCCAGAACUCUUAAUUGUGGACAAGUUGCCAGUUAGCCUGUGAGAAGUGAACGUAUCUGUGACGCGUGGCUUGGUUUCCUAUCUCUCCUUCUUCCUCUCCCUCCCCCUGCCAGGAUCAGGCCUGGCCAGGGCAGAGGCUGGCAUGCCGAGCCAGAAGAGUCUGGGUCCCCAGGUUCUCUCUCUAGGUUUUCCAUUUGGAGACAUCACUGGCUCUGUAUCCUGUACAGCUGUCCUUUCCGGGGGCAGAACAGAGAUGGGAGGUGGGGCAAGGUUCCUAGCAGGGACAUUUCAGAGGUGCUUUUCCUUCUCUCUUCAUAAACCUAGCCCAAACCCUCUCUCCCCUCCCCUCCCACAAAGCCUCACCUCAAAAAAAAAAAGCCUGACUUGUCUCCAAAAGGCUCCUCAAACAUUGUAUGAGAGGACUGGUUCCCUUAGGGACUGGCAGACUUCUGUACCAGGUCUAGAGUGUGUGUUAGAGCCGAAAAGGACCCAAGAAUUCAUAGUCCAGCCCACCAUCAUUUCACACAAGAGGAAACCAAGACCCAGAGAGAAGAAGGAACUUGACCACAUAGGGAGUGAGUGGUACAGCAGGGCUUAAAGCCCAGAUCUUCUGGACCCCUUGGACCACACAGUCACCCCUUCUUCAAUCCAUAGGGAUGGAGAGGGGGAAGAGGUGAUGGGAUCCCAGGGACCUGUCAGUGUAUGGGCAGAGAUAAAGGAUCUUUGUGGGAGGAGGAGUUGACCUAGGCCACCUGAGGGCAUUAGGGAUAUGGGAUGGGGGUUUUGGAUGGCUCACUCCAAAGGAACAUGAUCUUUCCCUUUGUCUUUCUUCUUCCCUGAAAUGUCUCCUCCUUUUUCUCAGCCCUGCCUCAACUUUCCCAGUUUACAAACCUGAAACAAAGCUCCUGACCCCCUGGGGCUGAAUAUCCCCAUAAGAAGGACGUUGGGAGCUAUAUAGAGAUGAGUGAUGACCUCACCUUUCCCCAGAAAGGAGAAACUCAAUUUAAAAACAGCUGGGAAGGGAAUCCAAGAUCUUUGGCAAUGAGAAGGACUUGCUAGGAGGCAGAUACAGAACUCCUUCCCAUCAGCCUCUACCUGUCUGCCUGGUGUCUUAAGAAGAGGAGCUCAGGAAGGUUGGGGGACAAAGAGUCAAGGGAUUGAGGAAGAGGGGAAGGGAGGCGAAAGCCACAUCUCUAAGGAAAGGGCAGUGACCUAAUCUUUACAUUUUUCACUGAAUUCUUCCAGUUUGACAUGGAAAGAAAGCUAGAGAAAGAAGAGGCCAAUCUUGUGACUUGGGCAUGCCAGGCCUCACACUUCCAGACAGUGACAGAGAAGGAUAAGUCAGCUUGGAGGACAAAGAAAGGGACACACUCUUCAGGAAGAGACCUGGGGGACAGGACACAGGAGCUCAGAACUAGAAGAGACUUCAAAAGAUAUCUAGUCCAGCUCUUCUCUGAACAGGAAUCCCCACUGUACUACCUCCUACUUAUUAGGACAUUUUUCUUAAAAUUUUCCUUUUUGUAAUUUCCACCCAUCACUCCUAGAUCUAUUGCCAAGCAGGAGUAUUUAAUUCCUUUUCCAAUGAGAGCACUCCAAGUACUUGAAGAUAGCUAUCAUGGCCCACCACUGUCCCUCCCCUUUCCCAAGUCUUCCUCAGAUGAAAAAUCCCAUGUUGCUUCGGUGAAUCCUUACAUGGCAUGGUCUCCAGUCCCCUCAGCAUCCUGUUCACCAUCCUCGGAAUGUGCUUGUCAAUGACCCUCCUAAACUAUGGCAUUUUGAACCAAACACGAUACCCACAUGUGGUCUGAUCACAGCAGAGGGCUCUGACCUCCCUCUUUUUUCAGCACUGGGCUUCUCUUUCUGCAGCCUCAGGAUGAAUUUGUUAUGUUCUUUAACAUGUCCUCAACAUAGUGAGCUUGCAGUCAGAUAAACCUCACCAGUCUUCACACACACACACACACACACACACACACACACACAGAGCUGACCAGCCCCCUCUCCUUAUCCUGCACUUGGAUAAUUAAUCUUUUUUAACUCCAAAAAAAGAACUUUGCAUUUCUCUUCAUCACAUUUCACCUUUUUAGAUUUGGCUCCUUGUUCUAGGUGUCUGAGGUCGUUUUUAGGAUACUGACCCUGGGACACGAUGUCCAGCUCUGCCAGUUUUAAAUUCAAUCGUCGUUAUCACCUGUCGCUUCAUUCAGAUCACUGAUGAAAAUGACAAAAGGCAAAGGGCCAAGGACAGAUCUCAAGAGUACUUCAUUAGAGACUUUUCUCCAAAUUGACAUCCAUUCAUUUUAGUUUUAAAACCCAAGGCGUAUCUCUGUCAUCAUACGUUUUGGGGAAAAUCCAAGGACACUAUAGCUAUGACAUUUCCCUGAUCCAUCUAUCUAUUGAACCUGUAAAGAAAAACAAAGAAAAGAAAAUGAGGCGGGUCAGGUAUGACCAGAGAGUCAGGAUGAAUCCUCUUUGCUUCCUCCAUUCUCAAUGAAUCCUUGCUGGUUCCUCCUUUUCCAAAAGCUCAAUUUAGCAAAUGUUUAUCAAGUACCCCCAAUACAUACAGUGCUUAGCACUGGUGGCACAAAGGGGAAAAAACGACAAAUAGUUCUUGCCCUCCUGGGGCUUACUUUCUAAGGCAUUCUAAAAGUUUACCAGCAAUUAAAUUUAAGAUUACAGCCCUGGAGUUAACAGAUUCUAACCUUUUCACUUAAAAAAAGGUGGGUGGGGGUUAGGAGCAGGAUAUUUGUCUGUCUCCAGACCUGUGUAGCGUUCUCAUUCUUCAAGGUCUUUUUAAAAAUCACCAACAGUCAGGACAGCUAGAUGGCUCAGUGGAUAGGGAGGUCCUGGGUUUAAAUCUGGCCUCAGACACUUCUUAGCCAUGUGAUCCUGGACAAGUCACUUAACCCUAAUUGCCCACCCCUUCCCACUCUUCUGCCUUAGAACCAAUACACAGUAUCACUUCUAAGACAGAAGAUGAGGGUUAAAAAACAUCACCAACAGUGGCUCAGAAAUUCCAUUCUUUGGGUCUUACAGUACCUCAAAAUGUAGGUCUUCUGGGCCUUGUAACUUGAACUCAAGGAGAACAGCUGGAUGCUGUCUUUCAAAAGCUUAUUGGAAUCUUUUAUUUUUAUAUCACCUUCAUUUCUGAAUAUGUCCCUCCAUACUCUCUUACACAAUAACCCAGGCUUUGAAAUAAGGAAUAAAAAAGAAAAAGAAGAAAAACAAUUCUGUAGAACUAACCAGUUUCUCAAUCUAUUCUGAUAGUAUACAUGAGGUUCCACAAACCCAGGCAGCUAGGUGACAGUAGAUAGUGUGCUGAUCCUGGGGUUAGGAAAACCUGAGUUCAAAUCCAGCCCCAAAUGCUUAACUGUAUGAACCUGGACAGACCGCCUGCCUCUGUCUGCCUCAAGUUCCUCUACGGUAAAGUGGAUAUGAUAAUAGCAUCUGCCUCCCAGGACUGUUGUGAGGACCAAAUGAGAUAGUAUUUAUAAGAACUUAGCAUGGUGCCUGGAACAUAGUAGGUGUCUAAUGAAUGCUUGUUUCCUAUCUUCCAUAGUCUCCCAGUUCAGCUAGGGACAGGAGAUGCAUUAUCUCAUUUCUUUUCUAGAGCUAAGCUUGGUCAUUAUAAUUACACACAGCAUACACAGUAUUCAACUACACAGUAUUAUUCACUUUGCAAUUUCAUCCUUUAGCUCUGGCUAUCUCUGGCCAUCCUGCUCAUCUUCAGUUCUAACUCUCUGCUAAUCAUUUUUGUUGCCUUCUUCCCAAGUCAUUAUUCUUGGUAGGGAAAAAAACUCCUAGGAGUAAAGUAAUUUCUGCUCUCUCUUUGUCACCUAUUAUCCUUGUCCUUUCUCUCCUGAGCAGACUUGAAUCCUCCCCACCUUGGAUCUUCUUCAUGCUCCCAGCAUCACUUUUUUAAAAGUCCUUACUCCUCUUUUGCAUUCUCUUUUGUUUUUAUUCCAGCUUUAGUUCAUUUUGGAGCUUUAAGACUUGUGACUCUGUCCUUAUCCUACUGGUUAUUCUUUUGUAUUCAUUCUCAGUUGUCCUUGCUUCUGAGAGUUAUAGGAUCACAGAACCUGUAUAAUUCUAUAUAUCUUAUAGCUGAAAGGAAUCUUAGAGGCCAACCCACUUGUUCCACAAAUUAGAAAACCAACACCCAGAUAGGUAAAAGGACUUGCCUAAGGUCACACAGGUGGUACACCACAGAACCAGGUCCCCUGUUUCCAAGCCUAGUAAACAUUAUCACACUUUGAUCUUCUCUAUGGGAUUCAAAAUGAAAUAGUUUAUGAGUUCCCCAUGCAUUCACAUUGAUCUCUAGACAAUUUCCUUUUUUCUCCUUCAUUGGAACCAUCUUUUUUUGUCUUUAAAAUGUCAUUCUUAAGAACUUCACAUUUCUCUAGGGAUGACUUCCCUGACUUGGGACAUGGUGAAGCCAUUUGGAAGGGAGGCAGAUAUGGAGACAGAGAGUAGGAAGGAAAGACUUGAAAAGAGACUCAGUGAUUUGGACAAGGAAGAUACCAUGGACCUGGGACAAAAAACCAGAAGCUAGAGCGGACAAAUCUGUUGGCACACCCUGAAUGGAGAGGAACACAGCCUCUGGCUCCAAAUUAAAUAAUAUGACUUUAAUUGCUACUUGCCCUACAAUAAGACUUUGCCAGAUUAGAUCUAUUCUGGGGCUUGGAGUCACUCUCAUGUAUCUUUUGAAUAAGAGCUAGGUCUGUGAGGGAACUCAUCAGGGACAUCAGAGUGCCAACUUUUUACAGGCAUAUCCUUAGGAUCAUUGCAUUUAGAGCUGGAAAGGGCUUUAGAUGUUAAUUAGCCCAACUCUUUCAUGCUACAAAGGAGGAAACUGAGGCUUGCUAAAGUCACACAGGUAAUAAAGUAGCAGAGCUCAGGUCCUCUUAUUCCAAAUCUAAAUCUUUUUGCACUGAACCAUAUUCUUGGCUCUGGUUCCAGUAGAGCCAGGGACCUACUCUUUCCUCAGCCACCGCUCAGAGAUACAACCAAAGAAUGGCCCGUGCCAGAAUGAGGUGGCAGAAUACAUGUGGUAUGAGGUUGAGGGACAUCUUUCCCAAUUCUAAGAGUCCUGUUCUUGCCCAUGUUGGGGUCUCAGCCCCUCUUCCUGAGGACAGAAUUAUGGAAGAGAGAAUCAAAAUGUUCUCAGGUAGAGAGAUCUUUCAAGUAUCCUAGUUCAAUAACCUCCUUUUAUAGAGGAAGAAAUUGAGUGCAACAAGAGAAUGAGACUUGCCCAAGGUCAAAUACCCAGUUGGUAGUCAGUAGACUCAUGUCUCCUGACUCAAAUUCCAUUGCCCUUUCCACCAAUAAUGAUGGUACCUAGUGAUCAUCUAAUAUAGGCUCAGUAUUUCCAUAGUACUUCAGGGGAUGCAGAAAUGAUGGGUUCUGCCCUUACAGGUAGACAGUCUUGUUGAGAAAACAAGACCACCUUAUAUGAAACAAUCUGCAAAUGUUACAAGACAGUGGGGUGUCUUGCUGAGCUGUGCAACGCAAAAACUAAGUACCAUAGAAGUGAGGGUGAGAGUAGUCCGGAAAGUCUUCAUGUAGGAGGUGGAACUUUUUUUUUGUUAGGAGUUGAAAGUAAGGGAAAAGGCUGGACAGAUAGGUUGCAGGGGCCACUGAGAAGCACUGAGAGAAAUCAACAUGGCCAGAAUGGGGGACAGUGGGGAGAUCAGCCUGACUAGAACCAGGAAUUUGCACUGAGGAAUUGUGGGAGCCUCCUCUGAAGUAUAGAUGCUGAGCUACACUAGGGAGGCAAGGGGAGUGGAGCCUAGGGAUCUGUCUAUGGAACCCCAGUAUAGAUAUGAGAAUAUGUGGGUGAAAGGACUUCCUGUGUCUCCUUCCUUCUUGUCUCACCAUCCAGAGGAAGAGCCUGGGACAUAGAUGAGAGAGGGCUUAGCAAGGACAGUACAGAAGCCUUGUGCCCUAGAGGAUGGAACUGGAAUCUGCUACCCACAACUCCAGAAGGCUGAUCUCCUUUGGCCUGUAGCUCCAUGCAACCUUUGAGCCGGCUUCUUCUCCAGAGGCCCACUGCCCCCAUGUGGCUGGCCAUCUGAGCCCUGCCCCAUGGGGACAGAGCAGUGUCCAUUUCCAGAAGAACAGUCCAUCAGGGAGCAAGAGGAAAGGAAGUAAACGAAAGACUGAGCCCCCUUGCCUUGCUUCUAACUUUGUACCACCUCCCACCUGUUCCAGACCCUCUAGCCAAGGCACCUCUCAGUACUUCCCUGACCAUUCCCUCCAACAAAAUUCUGACUCUUCUGACCCAGGUUCUUUCUCUUCUUCUCCAGGCCAGACUCAACCUCCCUGCCCAUUCCCUCAGCUCAGAGAAAAAGAAAAGAUAAACGCCCAGAGAAAAGAUAGCAGCCCAGGGGACCACAGCUUAAUUGAGUUUCCUCCUGAGCUGACAGGGGAGUAGGGGUCUGAGAUUCCUUGGGCCACUGAAAGAACUGGAUGAGAGGGCAGAAACACCACAGGCUACAAAGGCACAAGCCCUUGCACUCAUACACAGGCACAUUGAUGAACACACAAGCACAUACUUAAAUACUGCCAUGAAUUCUCAUACAUUCACAUCUACAGAUGACACGCAUAUGCCCAGACAUAUCGACACACAUCCACUUCAUGGGGUUAAACAGUGACUGCAAAAGGACUCAUAGUUAAUUAGGAUUUUGGAAAUUUUGAUUUUCAUCCUUGCUCUGGCCUCUGUCCUUUGGCUGUGCCCCAGUCUCUUUCCUUGUCUUUGUUACUAUUUUUCUCUUUCUCUGUCUCCUUUUUUUUUCUGUGUCUGUCUCCAUCUCUGCUCUGUCUUUAUCUCUGUCUCUGUUGCUUUCUCUCUUUCCCACAUAUCCAUCUGUUCCUGUCUCCUUCUGUCCUUCUGUCUCUGUGUCUCAGGUGUUCCUGUGUACCCUGUAGCCGAGGUGACGCUGUUGUUUAACUUGUACAGAAUCUCACUGCCCAAGCCCCCUACCCUUGAAGCCUUGCUCCCCAACCCUCUCUCUGGUGUGCAUAGGCUGACAUUUUUAUUUAAUAACUCGUCAUUGUUAAGUUAUUUAUUAGCGUUUACAACGUCCUUUUGCCACUCCAUCUCCCUUUCCUAUUCCCACUCCAACCCCCGGCCUUCCCAGUCCAGCCGGGGAACAGUGUCCGGGCCUCUUGGCCCUCAUGCUCAUAACCUCUCGCUUCUUCCCACAAAAAAGAAAAAAAGAAAAUGGAAAAAAGACAACACUUCAGUAUAUUUGUAAAUAAACCAACCUGUACACGCA